CACAGGUGCAGCUUCAGGUGGAGGUGACUCUAACAUAUAUAAGACUGAUGGGUCACAGUACAGAAGACAGUGGAGUGAAGACUAAGGAACAUCUUAAGACUCUUUCAUCUGUAUCUCCAACAACAGAACGAUUUUGGAGCAGAUUUCGGAGACAUGAAGAGCAAUCUCGCAGUGAAGAUGUUGCCUCUGGUUCUGCUGGUGUCCAGUGUGACUGACGGACGGACUAUGAAUAAAUGUGAGCUGAAAGCCAAGCUGGAGGCUGCACAGUUUCAGGACAUUAUGGUCAUGGGAGAAAAAUUGAGUGGAAAAGAUCUCGUCGCUAGACUUGCCUGCAAGGCAAAAGACUCUGGCUUCAACACCAACUUCAUGAAAACCAUCAGUGUCUACCAUGAAGAUGACAAUUCCAAUGAAAAGGACAAUUCCAUUGAAAAGGACAAUUCCAAUGAAGAGGACAAUUCCAAUGAAGAUAACGGCCCACCUCGGUCAUCCACUUCCACCUUAAAGGCUCCACCUCAGAAUCUACCUCAAGCACCACCACAGACUCCAACACAAGAUCUGUCACAAGACCUACCAACAAUCCCACCAGAGGCUCCACCUCAGAAUCUACCUCAAGCACCACCACAGACUCCAACACAAGACCUGUCACAAGGCCUACCAUAA